GCUUUACCUCGGCUUAUGCCGGAUUUACCGCCCAGACCCAGCGCUCGGGGAAGGGGCGGGCGGCGCAGCCCCUCGAGCAGCGGGAACAGCCGCCGAGCCCCCGCCCCGAGCCCCCUCACCCGGCGCUGCCCGAGCCCCGGGGGCCGGCCAGGAGCACCGCCCGCAACAGGCGGCCGCGGCAGGCCCCGCUGGCGGGGCCGGGGAGGGCAGCGACAGCCGGGCAGCCCCCCGGCCGUCCCGCCAGGCUCGGCUGCACUCACCGCUCCGGAGCGCGGGGCGGCCCGUCACGGAGGGGCGGCGGGAGCGGCGCUGCCCGGGCCCCGAGGCGGCGGAGCGGCGGCGGCCCCGGUGGCUGCGCCGCUCGGCGGGGCCGGGCUGGGCGGGGCCGGACGUGAGCGAACUUCCGCGGGCGGCGGGGCCGCCAUGGCGGCAAAAAGUCCUGCUGAUAGUACUCCAAGAAGGCCUGUUUUAUCUGUCAGUGCAAGAAAAAUUAAAGAUAAUGCAGCAGACUGGCAUAAUUUAAUGAUGAAAUGGGAGAGACUGAAUGAUAAUGGAUUUACUAUGGCAAACAAAAUAGUCAACAUGAAGAUCAGUGAGCAAUUUCAAGACAGAAAACUGGAGAUAGCAUGUGAUAACAGUGUCACAGAACCUGAAAAGCCAACCCCAAGAUACAACGAAGAACUGGACAAUUGCUGUGCAGAAUUACUCGAGACCUUAAAGCAGAUGACAAAAAUACAACUGAAAAUGGAAAAGCUUACUUUGACUACUAAAGCAAUCUGUGACUUGGAAGCAUUUCACCAUGGAGCUGGGAAUUGCACAGCACCCUUCUUUCAUACAUGGCCCACACCAUAUUUCUAUGAGGUCUCUUUGAAGCUCUCUGAAAUGUACAAGAAGGAACUACAACUCAAGCAAGCAAUUGUACAAGACAUAGCUCAUUCUGCUGACCAGGAUCUGCUGAUGGUGCAUUUAUCAUCAUGGUUAUACCAGCCUUACAUUGAGAACAGCAGCACACUGCUACUUGAAGCCAUGCUGCUGGAGACAGGACACAGAAAGUGCUAGAAUUCCAAAAGUUACAUGGCUGGCUUCUAAUGAUGCUUACAUGAAACUGAAAUGGCAAAUUGCAAGGCUUACCACGCAUGGUGUACUUGAACUGGCUGCAACCACGGUAGUGUUUGGAGACCUUGAAGCCGACGCUGCGGCACGAGUAGCUUUCUGUCCAUUUACCAUCUUAGAUGUGGGAAUCUUGUUCACAGACACUGAUCCAUGAGAUGGCAAAGGUCUCUGCAUAAGCAACUGAACUGGAGACUCGGAAGAACUAUGCAGGAAUAGCUGCUGCUGCUCAGUUCCUGAAACAGGCUGUAUCCUAAUUAUCUGGGGAUUAAUAAUGCCAAGUCCUGGCAUGCUAGAAUUCCUACCAACCGGCUGACUCAGCGUUAUAGUUUUGGACUGGACUGGUGCCAAUGAUGUCAUUGGCCUUUCAGUUUCCUUCAUCUGUCCUGGCUGAACUUGGACACAAAUGGCUUCCAGCUGCUUUUGUGGAAAAAAGGAAGAGUUGCAAUUACACAAAUACAGUAUUAAUAAAUACAGUACUUAUCAAGAUAAUACACACAUGCCCUUAAAGAAAAGCUUGAAGAAACCACUGCACAUCAUAAGUUUUCCAUUUUAAUGCAUCAAAGCACAGAUUUAACAUCAAAGCAUAAAUUCCCUUCCUUCCAGCUACGGGUUUUCCUGCACAUUUACUGCUGUGAUUGCUGUUCAACUAAAGCAUGUAAAGUUUGCUCUGAGGCCAUGUCACAGCUUUGUUUCCUGCUAGCAGGCCUGUCUGGAAUAGCAGAGUCAACACCAUCACCAACGCACAUUCAUAACCUUCAGCAAACCCCACACGCAGAACUACAGCGUGCUACAUGACACAGGCCAAAUACCUGGUCCAGAACGCACUAUAAUAUGUGCUCACUUCAAAAAAACUUUGUGGUGAUGAUUCAGAGAAGGUACAUGUUACUGAUCAUCUCCCUCACAGUCUCUCCUCCUCAUCCAAAGUUCUGCCUCAACUCAAAUCAAUCACUUGACAACCCCUGCACCCCAGAACGUGGGCUGAAAGCAGAGGUACUGUCACCUUCUUGUAAGAAGCGCACACAUUAUCUACCUGUGCAUCACUACUGUGAAACAUCCCUUCUAAGCAGUUCUCGCUGCACAUAUUGUCAGACAGAAACACUGACCACGGGAGCUAUUAGCUACGUUCAAAUACAGAUUUUCCUAAACCAC